AUGGAUGUGACAAAAACGGUGGUGGCGACGGCGCCGUUUCAUGAGCUGGUGGAUGAGAUUCCGAGCGUGUGUGACUAUAACGAGAAUGGGGUGUACAGUGGCAGUAACGAGGGCGGAGUGUGCAUUGUAACGCAUGCGAGUGACACGGAUGUGCUUCUGGGGGCAAUGCAGCUCAGUCAGGCGAAAGCCGACAAGCGGGUGGCGGCGGUUGUCCUAUCCGGUGGUACGCCACCGACUCUCACCAUCGACCACAUGAUUAGGUCAACCCAUCUGUCUGCCUCGCUCCCUGUCCUCCUCUCCCCGCUCGACCCACACGUCAUCUGUCUCUCAAUCGCCCACGCUCACUCCUCCCUCCACGCCUCCUCCCCCGCCAAAAUCCGCCGCGCCCGGGACCUCUUUCAAGAACACGCCGACACGCUCGCUAUCCACCGCAUCCUCUUCCAGGAAGCUUCCUCCGCCCAUCCCGCACACGUCACCCCGCGCGUGUUCGAGUGCGGUAUUUUCUCCCGGGCCCGGGAGGCUCAAUCACACGUGGUCCUGGCUAAGGGGACCGAGCCGAAGGUGGUGCAAGCGGCCGGGGAGGUUCUGAGGAGAUCGCUUUGCAAGUUGACUCUUCUCGGAAAUCCCGAGGAGGUGCUUUUGCAAGCGAAGAAUCAGUGCGUGGAUUUAUCCGGAGCUAAUAUUGUCGAUCCCGGAGCAAGCCCGGACCUGGAUCGGUACGUGGAGUUGAUUUGCCAGGCGCAGUUGGAACGGGGGGUGACGAUGAGCGUCGAGGAGGCUCGGCGGCUGCUGCUUUCCGACCCUGCGUCGUUUGGUUCGGCGAUGGUUGCUGCGGGAGAGGCGGACGGGAUGGCGGUCGGCGGGAUUCGGCCGAACGGGAACGGGAGGAUUGUACGGGGGGUGAUCAAGACGCGGCCGGAAAUGCCCGUGGUUUCGGGGGUAGUUUUCAUGUGUCUCCCGGAUAAAGUGCUGGUAUAUGGAGACAGCGCGGAAAACACCCUUCCUCUGAUUGGCUCAAACUCCACCGCUGUGGCACCGAGCCUGGGCGCUUCGGCGCCGACCAAUGGGAUUGCCACUGCCGAUCCAACGGCUGAGGAGCUUGCGAUGAUCGCCAUGUCAUCGGCUGACACGGCGGCAGCCUUUGGCUUGGAGCCACGUGUCGCUCUGCUGUCCUCGCAAUCCAACCACCAGGGUGCUUCUAGAGGUCAUCUUGCGGAGCGAAUAGAGGAGGCAGCACAUAUUGUGAAGGAGCAAAGGCCCGACCUAGCAGUAGAGGGGCCCCUUCCGUAUGCCACUGCAGUGGGUGACAAAAGAAGGAGCGGGUCUAUUUUAUUUGAUAACUCGGACGUGGCGGGGAAAGCUACAGUGCUGAUUUUCCCCGAUAUGCACAGCAGCACAGAUAUGUACAAGCAGCAACGGACGUCGGGAGGUGUAGCGAUGGGGACUGUACUGCAGGGAUUGAGGCGGCCUGUCAGUGACGUGACAAAUAGCGAUACACACCGCAUCGAACUCCUCCCCACCGCCGCGCUUCGCGCGAACUUCACCGCCGUCGACGUGCUCGGCAAGGGGCAGUACGGCGUCGUCUGGCGCCUCGUCGACCGCCGCUCCGCGCGCGAGUUCGCAUGCAAGCGCGUUUCGCGCGCCGUGUGCGGGGAGAACGCGCACGCCGCGGCGCGGCGGGAGAUCGAAAUCAUGGCGAAGCUUCGCGGAAAGGGCUGCGGACAUAUAAUUGGAUUGGAAGCGGUGUACGCGGACAGAGACUCGUUAUACAUGCUCAUGGAGCUCGGGACCGGAGGGGACCUUUUAGCGAGGAUACAGAAUGAAGGGAUGCUUAGCGAAGCGGAGUCCCGAGAUAUUUUCGCGUCGGUGGCUCGCGCCGUUAAAGAGUGUCACGAUAACAGCAUUGUUCACCGCGACAUCAAGCCCGAAAACGUCCUCCUCUGCCCGAAAAAAACUGCUCCUGGAGUCGCAGCCCCGGAUUCUUUUUCGCACAACAUUUCGCAGUCGUCCUCUGUUGCGGGUAACCCGCAACACGUCGCGAAACUCACAGAUUUCGGGCUGUCGGUGGAGGUGCCUCGCUGGCAGCAGGUGAUUGGCUACGCUGGAAGCUACCCGUACGAGGCGCCUGAAGUGAUGGCUUUAGAGCCGUACGAUGAAUCCGCUGAUAUCUGGAGCCUCGGCGUGUUAUUGUACGCGAUGCUUUCGGGAACAUGGCCUCUGUUCCGUAAUAACGUUAGAGAGCUCGACGAUAUCGCGGAUUGGGAGGCGCCCUGCUGGUCGUCGAUCUCGGACGACGCGAAGAAUCUCAUCCGUUGGAUGCUCGCUGUGGACCCCCUCAUGCGGCCCACAAUCGACCAAGUACUCGCUGACACGUGGCUGGCUCCCCCUCCGCCUCCUCCCUCCCGCCGCUUCACCCAUGCUGAUGAAAUCUCCGCCGCGUUCCCCGCCGCGAUUUCCGCGCUUGUUGCAAUUCCUGACAUCAAGUUCCCCCAACCUGACUUUCCCGAGCCUAAUUUCUCCAAACCUGCAUCCAAGAAGCUGGAGAUUUCUGUUCCCGAAGCUCCAGAAGCCCCGGUCAGCCCGAAAAGAAACUCUCCUCGUGGAAACUACUUCAGCAGCCCCAAGCAGGCGGCAGCCGCACUGAAGAACGUGGUCCCCACGUGCCUGGCUUUCAAGAUGCGCGCCGGGCGGCGGGGAUCGUCCCGUGUGGCGCCGACAGCUGUCUGCCUCUCGCGGUCGGUUGAUGGGGCGGCAGGAGCCAGGCAGAGCCGCCCAAUCGCAGCGUAA